AUGGGAGGCAAACGCGCUAAGAAGGGAGAAAACAACGCAAAACAGAGACUUACGUUGAUUUUGUGUGCUUCUAACGGCAAUCAGGAGGCAGGCGGAUCAAGCCUGCAUCUGCACCUAGAUACUAGACCGAUCCAAGCGAUAACACCCCAGAACGAUGUGGGGAAGGCUACGCAAAAGCUGGACACGCAAGUUGGGAAAUGUAAGGCAGGGGUAGCGUGGAUUGACUUACUGAAGAUGGCGAAACGUUUAAAAUUCGGCGUUUAUAACGACCGAGCAGAAAACGAGGUGGAGCGGAACAAGCUAAUCCUGUCCUUCCAGCAAUCCGGGAUACUGUCUAUGAAAGAGACAGCUGCCAUCCCGAUCAUUAUCGACAUCAAGCGUUUGAAAAGCGGACUCACGCUGUCAACUGAUUUUAGCGAUCCAGACGCUGUGCGAGAGCUUGAAAUCACGGACAACGACAAGAUAAUCGUUGCGUCCGGCCAGCAUCGUCUUGCAGCGUUGAAGAAAUAUAGCCAGAUGCUCAAGGACGAAUAUGCUGCGCUAGAGAAAAAGAAAGACAAGAUCUCGGGCUUAACGAACGUCUCAGCAGAACACGUGGCACAAUGGGACGACUUACGUGGGCAGAUGGGCAUCCUGCUGGGGAAGAUGGACAACAUUGGUAAAUGGGGCGUCGUUGUCUACAAUUCAAGGGGGCAUGCACGACAAUUAUGUCUGACCAUGCGCGACUGCGCGACAAUUAUGUCUGACCAUGCGCGACUGCGCGACAAUUAUGCUGACCUAAACAUAGGUCCGGGGGGCAUGCACGACAAUUAUGUCUGA